AUGGAGGGGCUGAAGGAAACAGAGAACGGCACCGUGGGGACGGCUCUGUGCCCUCUCGUGGAAAACUAUAAAUAUAUCCUGUUACCCCUUACUUACAGCUUCGUCUUCGUGCUGGGGCUGCUCCUCAACGGAGCCAUGCUGUGGCUCAGCUGCUGCCGCGCCAGGGACUGGACCUGCACCACCAUCUACCUGGUGAACCUGGCUGUGGCGGACCUGCUCUACCUCUUCUCUUUGCCCUUACUCAUCAUCAACUACAUCCUGCAGGACACGUGGCCUUUUGGGGAGCUGCUCUGCAAGCUGGUACGUUUCUUGUUUUACGCCAACCUGUACGGCAGCGUCCUGCUGCUGACUUGCAUCAGCGUCCAUCGUUUCCUUGGCGUUUGUUACCCCAUCCGCUCCCUCCCCGUCCGAACCCGGCGCCGAGCUGCCGCCGGCGCUGCUGCCUCCUGGGUACUGGUGUUCCUGCAGCUCCUGCCCACCUCUGCCUACGCUCGCACUGGCCUCAUCAAUAACCACACCGUCUGCUACGACAUGACGAGCCCCGAAAACCUCCGCAGCUACUUCCCCUACGGCAUGGCUCUAACCGCAUCUGGCUUCCUCCUUCCUUUCCUCAUCGUUGUAGUCUGCUACUCUCUGAUGAUCAGAAGUCUCACCCGCUGCGCCGGGGACACCAACCCCACCAGCAGCGCCGCCAGAGCCAAGUCGAUCCGAACCAUUCUCCUGGUCUGUGGGCUUUUUGCUGUCUGUUUACUGCCAUUUCACAUCACCCGCAGCAUUUACCUCUUCGUGCGUGUGUACCGGUCAAGCAAUUCAUCAAAGGCUCUUAAGCGUUUUGUGGCGCACAAGGACUCCCUGAAGUCAGCCAAGGAAAGCUCACUCACCCCUGUGCACCUUCAGCUCUACUUGUAUAGCAGCACCUAG